CUGCGUCAUGUAACACUAAGUGUAGUGUCCUACUCAACGGAAAACAUAGUUUGAAGACAAAAUAUAAAAAUGGCGCCCAUAACGUACGGUUGAGUUUGCACCUUUACUUCUCUUAUUGCAGUUUUUGAUAGGGGAAAAUAACUAUACUGUGUUCUUAUCUUUAAACGGAAUUAAGUUGCCGUCACCACGUGUAGACUAAAAACGGUUGUUGGUCUUUUUCUUUUCAUUUUUGAUGAAUUUUGAUGGGAGCGUCAACCAAUGAUUCUUGAUGGUAGCUAGCCAAUACGUCUUGUAUUGAUAUUGGUACAUCUUCUGGCGUCAAAAUGUGCAAGACUUUGAAAACUUAAAGGCGAGGCAAAAGAAGAGCCACUGUUAUUCCAUCUGAGAAUCAGCUGAGUUUCCGCAUGGCGACAGGUAAGUAGUAGUUUUUGGUAACUUGAACUCUAGGGAAACGAAAAACAGUUCGAGUUAGCGGGGAAUUCGAGUUAUCGGGGUAAAUUUCAGUGAAAUUUUGAUCAAGGGAAAAGAAAUUUAGUUCGAGUUUAUAGCGGGGAAUUCGAGUUAUCCGAGUUCGAGUUAUCGAGGUUCUACGUAUUUUUUGAACUGUUGAUCCGGAACUAAGCUUAUCUUUUAAGCUAAAUUAGUGUUCUCUUUCAACAACGUUAUUCUAACAUACACGUGCAUCUAAUCUGUUAAACGUAUCGGCUGCCAUAAAAGUUGAACUCAAGUCGACGUAUGGAUGUCUCAUAAGAAGGAGCCUUACAUGAGCAUGAUUGUAUACCUGCCAACUCUCACGCCUUAGGCGUGAGUCUCACGCCUGCGGGUUGAAAACUUCGAUCUCACGCCGGCUCACGCCUGCGGGCCAAUUUCUCACGCCUGAUUGAAAAACGUGAAUUGUUGCCGUCCGGCUUGACACAAUUUCCAAAAAUAUGUUAACUCAGACCCAUUUAAGGAACGAAAACCAUGUGUAAAAUGAAUAAAUGGCAAUACCUUCCUCACGAUCUCUGAUUUUUGAAGUGAAAAGCACUGGGAGCGAGCUCGCCUUUGGCAGACUUCGGCAGUCUUCGGACGUCUUCGGAAGACUUCGGACGUCUUCGGAAGACUUCGGACUUCUUCGGGAAUCUUCGGAAAUGAUCGUGUCGUCUUCAAAAAUCCCAGCACUCCCAGGAUAAAAAUCUCACGCUUAUAUCUCAGAAAAAGUUGGCAGGUAUAUGAUUGUCCAGGUGAAUGUAGGUGAAUAGGUCGAAUAGGACUGUUGUUGAUCAUGAUAGUGACUGACGUUUUGACAACCUGUGCGGUAAGUCUUCUUCAGAGUGAAAGUGAGUCAGUUGAUGAUUUUUAACUCUGGUUAUUGACCUGAUUGGUCAAUUAAGUCGCCAUGUGGUUGGUCAUCUAUGAGUUUAAAGUCAUGAUGUUAUUGGCUACGAAGACUCUAAAAUCAUUGGUACAUUUCAAUCAAUCCAUUGUCAGAGUUUAAAAGUUGUUUAUUGCUUGUCAAAUUGUCAAUUGUGCAGUCAUUCUCUCAUAGUUAGUUUUGCUUGAGUCAGUCAACAAGCUUUACGGAUGUCUGUAAUCAAUGCCCUACUCUCAUUCAGUGUCUGAUUGGAUUGCAUGAUUCAGUGAAUACCAUAUCAUUCUCAUUAGUAACUCCACGUUUUCUUUUUUUUCAUACUAGACGAUGCACCAGGGUCUGGUAAGAAAAAGAAACACAGGAGGGCAAAAUCUAACUUAGAGUCUCAGGUUUGUUGUUAGAGAAUCAAUUAUGCCACAAGAAAAGUUGGUCAUACAUGUAGAGUGUUGUUGUGAGAUCAAUCACAAAUUAUUAUUUUUGAGAAGUGUUAUGUAUGAGAUAGCCAUAUGGUAGACUAAUUUCUAGUUGUUACCAUACUUUUCUAUGGCCACUAAAGUCGACAACAAACAGAAAUAUGCCUUUGUCACAGGCUUUCUAUAAACAUCCCUCGAUCAUUGCAAAAAUGAAUGAUCGUAAGGCUGGCACUAAUCAAGGCCCUAAUUCUCCAGGCAUGAUUACAACUUGGACUAGCAAAAUGUGCAAGCUAGUCGUUAGAGGCACAGUCUGUUGAGUUGGAGGUCACAGGUUUGAUCUCAUGGGCUGUACUAGUACUCGGGCCCCAGACUUAAUUUUAAUUUUGCUGCAAUCACUGUAAUAACGAUACAGACACAAGGGGAAGGACUAGAAGGGAACCGAAGAACUAUACGGGCUUGUCCAGCCAAUUUGAAAUUAGAUCACAUUAACACAUAUAAGUAACACAUAUAAAUAGUUAAAUGCUAUGAUUUCAUGCUCAAGUUUUGACUUGAAAUAAUUAAGGAAGAAGGUACUGCUUUUGCCCCAUAAACGGACUUCAAUGAGCAAAUAGAAAUUGCAGUCUUAUCUACAGCAAGGAGUGUGUCAAAGUGCGCUUUAUUAGUAUUUUGUGCUAAAUACGUUUUAUUUUGACACUAUAGAAAAAGCAGUGUUUUAUGUUGAUUCCUUUAAUUUUUGAUACCCCAUUGUAUGGGAUAAAACCUGUUAACUUGCUUAUAUUUUUGUGAGCCAAAUAAAAGACUUAAGCAUUGUAGCCACAGUGAAAUAAUAAUUAUUAUUGUAUUCACCAGAUAGGGAUCUUUCCGAAUUAUCUGUUAGUAAUUUUAUUGUAAUCAAAAUUGUUCAUUUUAGGUCGAAGUAUCAGGAUCAACUGAUCAGUGUAAGUCAUAACUCAUAGUUGUUUGGAAUGAGUUAUUAAUGUGGUCUUUGCGGUGCAAUUUAAAUCCCCUUGUAAAGAUGUAGAUAUGACAAAUUUAUAGCUUAAACCUGAUAACUGUAUCUGCAAGAAAGUUUACAUUUAACUUUGGUUUAUAAAUGUAUUAGUGAUAAACGUUUUACUUUUUUCUAGUGUUAUCAGCAGAGAGCUCUAGAGUGUUAAAGGCACGUCAACAGACUCAAGCCAGGUUUGAGUCAUUUCUUCAGGAUGCUGUUGCUGAUAACAGGUGCAACUGAAUACCUUCUAUAAUAAUCAUAUAUUCUUAAUCCAAUAACAAUAACAAUAUUAUUAGAAUGAAAAUGUGCAGAUGUACAAAAUACGGUGAUAAUUUGAGUCUCAAUUUCAGUAGAAAUGCUCUAUGGUAAUACACACCAUGUAUAGAUACAUGUAGGUGCUAUUACUACAUUGAAUGGGUAGAAUUUUUAAUCCUUUGGCUGCAACACUUACACAUUUAGCAAAAAAGGUCAAAUUUGGAAAUUAUUAUAUAUCACUUAAAAAGACGCAAUUUGUAUUUGUACUUAUACAGGGCUCGAAAUUGCGACCCAUACGGUCGCAUUUGCGACUUAAUUUUUCUUAUUUGCGACUAGAAAAACGAGAGUAGUCACAAAUUUGCGACUAGGCUUUGCCUUAACUGAUACGAAAUAAAAGGACUAGCACUUAAAUUUUUGCUUAAAUAAAUUUAGAAAUAAAAAGAUUCAUUGAAGUAGCGUCUUAUAAUUUUGUUACAAUCUGAAGGUUUACCGUAAUUUACCUGGAAUGCAUACACGCAACAAUAUUCCUUCAACAGCACGCCAUUCUCAGCGGGUUCUGUAAACAUGUACAUUGCAGGCUCAUAUUUCGUUUUGAUUUGCCGCUGACAGUCGUUAGUCACUAAGCAAGAUCGACGGAACCGAAACAAGGAGAAAAACUGGAGUCAAUAACUUUCGUUGGUAAAAAAUGAGUACUUAAGGCUUCAUUGUUUCUUCGUUUGACAGUAACGGUUACUUUAGAAAAAAAAAGAUUUACAUGUAAAAUAAAUCGGUUCCAAGUGGGUUGCGAAUCUACGUAUACAUGAAAACGAGGUUUAGCAAACAAAGAUGGCGGAAUGUCCGCAUGGCACGUAUCGUCGAUUCAGUCCUUCAGGGUUUUUUGAAUAAUCACUGUAGUAACACCCCUGAUACUUCAGAUGUAAAGCUUAAUAUAUAAAAGAAUUCGUUACUUGUUUUGUCAUCGGUGGAAAACCUGCAAAAGGUAAAACUAAAGGAAUUUAGUUACGUAACGUAACCUAUAACCAUGUCGGAUGUCCGCCCAGUACAAAUGUUAUUGCUAUUUUGCAGAGAUUGGAGGCAUUUAAGAACUGCAGUUUCCUGCUGUAAUAUCUGUUCAUGAUUUGGAAAUCUAUCGCUUUGACUGAAAUAACAGACACUAAUUUAUGUGCCUUAACGCAGGUUCAACUUUAUCGUUUAGAUGAACUGGUGUUGUCCGAGAUGCUAAACGUUCUGUACUAUUAAGUCUCGAAAUGACAUGAAAGCUGUUAAAGAAUGAAAAUUAAAGCGUUAAUCAUUUAAAAGCCUACUUAUUUCUUGAUUAAAUGGCCUCAAUUAAUUUCGCGACUAACAUUUUCAAAGUUGCGACCAAAUUUUCGUAACUAGUCGCAAAUUUGCGACCAGACAUUUUUUUUAAUUUCGAGCCCUGUUAUACUUGGUUUUUGUUCGAAAUGAAAUUGGGGUUAAAACAUUAUUUUAAACGAUUAUUGAUUUCCUUUGUCUCCUUAGUCUAUAUAACAAAGUUUGCCUUAUCCUAAGUUACUUGUAGUAUGAAUUAAACUUUAAGUGUUAUAUAAUUACCUAGGACCAGGGGGACAAAAGAACUGAAAAUCAAACUCAGUUGAAAAUUACAGUACUGUAUGUACAGUACAUACAGAUUGGUUAAUUUUGAUGUGACAUGUAGGCUCAAGAUUGUCAAUUUUCUUUGUUUCCUAGCCUUUCUUGAAGUCUUACUAAUAGGAAAUUGUAGAUCAAUCGCAGUUAAAAAUUUUAACCUGAAACCAAAUUUGACCUGUAAUAUAUGCAAGAGUAUAGAUGUUGUGGUUCAAUUUUAUCCUUGGUUUAAAUUUUAUUUCCCUUUAUUUUGGGGUUUGGUAAUGUAUGGUAAUGAAUUUAAAACAAAGGGAAAUGAAAAUUAAACCAAGGAUAAAAUUGAAUUACAACAUAGACACUAACAUAAUGCCAACAUAUGUUAUUGCCAGAGUGGUUUAAUGCAGUCAUGUACCAAGAAUGUGCGUUAAUAUUCAAUCCACUUGAAGAUCUAGUGUCCAUCUAAUUACAUUAGCCAAUACAAUACUGCUACCUGUAUUGUACACAUUAUACUAUACAGUCUGUUAAUGGUUAAAAAGCGGCCAACAUCCAUUUACUUUUGUAACAAUAUAAUAGAGUGACUUUACAAAAUGUCUAUUUCACAGUUUACAAGAAGCUAGAAGGAAAAAGAAAAAGAAGAGGACCCACACAAGUGAUGCAGUGGUAAGCAUCUUUAAUUUGAGUAACGGUUGGAAUGUGACCUUAUUCAGGGCACACCAAAUUGAUUAUAUUGAUUGUGUUUUUUUAGCUUGAAACCAUUAAGUCAGGAAGACCAAUAGCUAAGCCCACAUCACAAUCAGAAGAAAAUCUUCUUCAAGCAAACUUAUACAAAGGAGGUGAGUACAUGCACUUAUCUCAGGUGAAGAUGUCUAAUACAUCAAGAGACAGAGCUACUGAUAUUACAUUUUUAAACAUUUGUAGUGGGGUUAUGAAAAACCUAGGAAAGUAAUGGAAUUUAAUAGUUUGAACACAGUAUACCGUGUUCUGCACCAUCCUGCUCCCAUAUCAUACCAAUACUCACCAUCUACAUGUCAGCCAAUUCCUCAUUAGCCUGCAUAACAGGCAUUAUUUUUUUGCCUUUUUUAAGCAAGAGAAGGCAAGCACAAAGCGAGCAAGGGUGCAAUACAAUGGUGCAACAGCCAGCUUGUGCUCAACCUAGUUUGUGUCUUGCUCACCCGAAAAACAAAAAAAAAUGGCCCCUGUUCUGCAGGCUUUUUCCUUUUAGUAAAAUCCAACUAGUGAUCUGUUAUCAAUGCUGCAUUCUGAUUGGUUGAGCUACUACUAGGCUAUAUGUUAUUAUAUAACCCACUAGUAGCGAAAAGUGCCGACUUUGAAAACCAAAACAAUGGCACCUGAAUCGCGUUUUGCGAGCUAAAGUUGUUUUGUCUCAAUAUUUUUGACCAACUAGUUGGAUUUUACUAAAAACAAUAGCUCAUUCGGCCUUCGGCCUCAUGGGCUAUUGACUCAGAGUGCAUUCAGGCUGUAUUCUUACAGUCAGCCCUGGUCUGGAAUUUAAGGCUGACUACCGUAAUUUUUAUUUUCGACUGGUAAUAGAGUCUAGAUUCUCAGCUUGUUCAUGAAAGUACCCGCAGAAGCUAAGAUAUUGAUGCUAAUCAGUGGUAUCUUCACUUUAACUUAAAGAUGAUCCUGCACGAGAGGGAAAAGAAAACAAGCAAUCUUACAGAGAGCUUUUGGAAGGUUCCUCAGCUGAUCCAGCUGGUCUUGACAAUGAGCAGGCAACUCAGAACACUCCUAAAAGAUCAAAACACAAAAAGACCAGAACCUUAACCAGGUAAAACAAAACAACAAACAUGUAAUUAGUCAAAGACCUGAGCAUUGCUGUUCUGACUAGUAGCACCAAUGGUAUGGGCCCAUGAAAAAUUGUACUCAUCUAGACCUCAGGCAACUAAAAUCUUAUUUUUUACAGCUGGCACCAUCAGUUUCACACUUUGUUUGAUCAGAGCAGGGCUAAGAGUUUACAUAAUACUGUAGCAUUAUUAGUACACGGUAUAUUAAUUUUAUUGUGCAUUGCACCAUUAGAAUGGUGUGAAGUUUGUUUGAACGUAUUUAAAUUAUAAUAAUAUUCUCUUAUAGUUUAGUGAAAAGCAGCUUAUUCAAUGUUGUGAAAAUUCUUCUUACAUAAGUAAGCAGUGCUACAAAGGGGUGGUAAAAUAUAAUUUAUGAUUAAUAGUAUACUUACAGUAUAUAAAAUAAAUAAAUGUGAUUCACCAGUAUACUUUGGUGCUUGGUACGUGAAAAGUCAGCCCCACAAUUUAAUUUUACAUCAUCAUCACCAGUUUUAUUUUUUCCAAGUGAGCAAGAAACUCCAGAUGGAUCACAGGAAAAGCCUAGGAGAAGGAAAAAACCUAAAACUCCAGAGCCAAAAGUUGGUGGGGACAGUGCAAGAGAGAAUCUUGGAUUUCAAGAUGAUGCAGCCAUGGAAGGUGAUGGAGUAAGUACAUGCAAUCCUCUAUUUUGUCUCUUCUACAGGUCUGUGAGUUUAGUCUCUACACCUGUUUACGCUUUCACUGCUAGCAGAGGUCUCUCUUCCCUGGUACUCGGCAGGUUCCUUUUACUCCUGCCCAGGGCUGUCAAUAAGGGCUGGUAGCUGGCUACUUUCAUCUCCUUCUACCAUAACUGCUAACAAAAAAUAACCACCAUCGAAUAAAAUUGUAAAGUAUCCAUGUUCCAGUUCUGAAUAACAUUGAACACAUAUUUAAACACGUUUAGAUCUGUGAAACGUUCCAACCGUGCGAUGUCGUGAAAUACCUAAACAACUUGGUCUUGGUCUUUCAACCACCCUGCAACAUUUUGAUGGCAUUGUUCCCAGUGUUGCGAGUAUUGUGACAAAACAACAUGAUAGUAUCCGCAGUAGAAAAUACCUUUUGAAAACCCCCAGAAAUGCCAAUUCUGAGAUUCUAAAUUUCGUAAUGUCCCUAUAUGUCUUGGCCCUCAAGAACUUGUGCCUUUGGUGCGAGUUCCAAAGCCAUCUACUAAUCAUUAUCAGCCUGCUACUUGAAAACUUUUUGACAGCCCUGUCUGCCUGCCUAAUGCUUGGGAGAAGAGGCCUCUGCCCGCAGGGAAGUUUACCUUUCCCACCUCCUAAGUCUGCAGUCCUAUUAAGGUGGCUUGACCCAGUAUUUUUGUAGGAAUACCUUCCACGUUUGGACCUCUUAUAGUUAAACAGCUUUGUCUUGGUCUUUCAACCACCCUAUUUCAUUCUUUGUCUUUUGUUCUCUCUCAUCUGCUGACCUUCUCCUCGCUUAAGCCUUCCAAUUUUAUUUCCUGUGUCAUCUCCCUAGGUCUCAUUUUUCGUCCAUGUUCUUCUAUCCUUGUCAUUUUCAUUUCACCUACUUAUUCUACAUGUGUCCUCUUGACAUCAACUUUAUUUUGCUUUCUCUUUUCUUUCCACCCUUUACCAUGAAUCCAUCACAAUUUGACCCUCCUUAUCCUACUGCCUCGUACUUCAGAAUGUAACCAGUAGAGUUUUGAUGCCUUGCUUUGUGUAUUGUUCUUUUAGCCUGUUCUACCAUCUUCAACUACACCCAAGAAAAAGGGUGGAAAAGCAAGAAGGAGACUUCAUGGUAUAGUUUUCUUCUGUCACACCUUGCCUCAGUUCAGCUUAACUAACAAGUUCAAAUAGACUCUUCCACAGUUUAGUUUGUCUUUUUUUUUUCUUUUUUUUAACUUUUGACAAAAAGUAGUAAACGAAUAUCUAUCAACACUUCUGGAAAGAGGGCUUUAAAAUACCGUAAAAUUCCGAAAAUAAGCCCCUCCAUGUAUAAGCCCCUCCAAAUAUAAGCCCCCCAAACCGAUGACGCAAAAAACCCUCCGUUGAAUCGCCCCUCCAAAUAUAAGCCCACCGGGGGCUUGUACUUGGAAAAUUGCCCUCAAAUACAAAGUAAAACAAAGCAAAAACGGUAAAUUUACUUCGAACUAUAAGGCUAGUUCAAUCGAUUUGUAAUCGCAAAUUUCCCUCCGUAGAGAAGCCCCUCCAAAAAUAAGCCCCUCAAAAAGGGCCUUUGAAAAAUAUAGGCCCCGGGGCUUAUUUUCGGAAUUUUACGGUAUAAGGUAACUUACCAAGUUUAAAGGUGAUAAUUUAUGUCCAAAGAAAGCGAAGCUAUCACCCCACAAAGUCGCAAAAUAUUGUGGACGUUUCUAUGGUGGAGGGCACGAACCAUACAAACGUCUUCAAAAUUCUGCGACUUUGCGGAGCUCUACCUUCAUUAGUUUACAACAAAUCACUUAAUUCAAACUUGGUCACGUUACUAAAUUUAAGGCGUUCUUUACAGACGUUUUAUAUGACGGAUUUUCGCUUUAAAAAGCCGUGGAAGGGGAUAUUGACCUUUAGUAUUCAUCAAAUAGUGCAUAGCGAUUUUCGCGCGUUCUGAUUGGCUCCCGUAGCUCGAAAUAUCCUCGGAUAUUCACUGUUUUGGGACGGGAUUCAAAAUGGCUUUUCGCGGCGGUUUUGUAAGAUGAUAUUUUAGCGGUAAAUGAAGCAGCUGCACCAACAAAUACCAAGGAAGAGACAAAAUUUGGCUUGUCGGCGUUUACUGAUUGGUAGAAAAAAAUUUUCUUACUGAAUCUGCAACAAAAUCAUAAAAAAUGAUCCCGAAACACUGUCAAUUGCAACAUAAACAAACUCUAACAAAGUGACGUCUUUUAUUUACAAAAAGUUCCUUUUUGAUUUUAUCCAACUGAUUUGGUAAAUACUAAAACAACUAUCCUCCGCAGGGUCGGUUCAUAGCGCUAGACAUAUACCCACCACUAUUCACGUCCCCUUCGGGGAUAGUUGUAUAAUAUUGUAAUCAAUUCUACUAAUGAUUCAUACUCUCCACUUAGAUCCUGAUGCAGACAGACCAAUAGAGGUUGUAAAGAAAAGAACAGAUGAUGGUUAUAUUCUCUCUGUUACUGUGCAUCGUGCUGACUACCUUAAGCCAGAUCUUUGUAUAUCGCAUCCAAUGGUGAGAGUUCACCUGGUGGAUAUGGACACGGGGCAGUAUGUGAAGAAAUCCGACAGGUAAAUAAGCAAGUUAUAUGCUUGAAAUUGACCCUCUGUAAAUCCCCUAGUAACCCAAGGAUUGAAUAAGUCCAGUAAACCAUCAGGACAAGUAGAUUCCCUUCCCAGCAAUAACCUUUUAAGCUCACAUGCCCAAUGGGCAAAACCCAGUCGUGCAGUGACGGCAAAAAAAUCUGCAAAAAACGUGAUGCAUGUGCAAAGUUGUAUUUUUCGUUGCUAAAGCUCCCUAUUAGGUAGGCACGUGACCUCACCUAGGUGCACACUGUAUUCUUAAGUGCAUGCCCACAUUUUGAUUGUUAAUGUACUGAAUAUUCUUUGUUGUUCUGUUCAUUACAGUGCUCGUAGCGUGACAUCUUACUAUGAAAAUGAAAUCGAAACUCCAGUUGAUUACAUCAUGCCUCUCAUGACUCAACCUUAUGAUUUCAAGAAAUACAAGUAAGUAAUGUAGUUAUUAUCAUUUUUCUAACAUUCUACUUGUAGGGUUGCCCUGACUCAUAAAUCGGUUAUGCUAAAGAUACGGUUAAUUUCCCACCGAAAAAUAACUCCAAGGCCGAGUUGUUCAAAGCUGGAUUAAGAAAACCCAGGGUUAGUGCGAAAUUUCAGUUUCAGGUAUAAAAGCUUUAAAAGUAAAUUUAGUUUACUAAUUUUUAUCCUCAAUUUGUUCAUUGGAUGCUCUACAAAGAAUUGGAGAAGAUUAUUCGAGAAAAUGCGUUUGAACAAGAGAAAAAGAAACCCGGAUUAGAAUUUAACUCCGUGGUAGCGCCUUUCGGUCUUCGAACAACUGGGCCCAGAAUAGUAAAACAAAGGGUAGCCUGAGAAAACAGCCCCAUCUCGCGUUGCCACCACUCAGUCGGUUUCCCGCGAAAACAGAAAUUCCAUAAUGUUGAGGCGUCACUAACCAGUUCUGAGUAGUGCUUCUGAUUGGCGGAAGCAAAGUUUUCACGCGGCACACUGUGCGACCAAUCAGAAGCGCUACUCAGAUCCGGGUUUUGAUGCGUCAUCAGUAUGGAAUUUCUGCGCUCCUUUCUCAGACGUCAUUUCGUGGGAACACCAAUGGUGGCGUCGCGAACUGUCGGCUGCUUUCCCAGCCUAUUCAUUACCUUGUUCUACAUAGUGCUUCUGAUUCGUUGGAAAUUUGCUUGAACCAAUGAGAAGCACUACCCAGAUCUGAGUAGUGACGCGUCAUCAGUAUGGAAUUUCUACGCUUGUUCCUCGACUGUUUUCUCAGACUAAGUAAAGAGCGAAAUUCUUGCAUAAGCCCCGUAAGUUGACCUGUCCCUUUUUCGAUGUAUACAACUUGCUGGACAACUUUUUUCUAACGAAAUUAAAUUAAAAAUAAAUAUGUAAAUGAUCUAAUCAAUGAGCCUUUCCAGCGACAUUUUCUGCAUACUAAUGUACAUGUAUGUUGCGAUUUCGUUUAGAUCUUUGAUGCCAUCAUGGGAAGAAGUUCUUUUGUUCAAUGAGAUUUUCUCGUACUUUCUUAGUCGCGAAGAAACAGACCCCAAGGUCAUCAUGUUUUUUGAGGUAAAAAUUCUUUAAGCUUUAAUUGUGCCUCUUAUCAUUUUGGUGUGCUUAUCAGAAGAAUGGCACCCUUCCUUAUUUUGCGCCCAGUUGGUUUUUGAUCCAAAAAACACGGUAGAAGUAUGAUUAAUAGAACACACCAAAGCUAACAGCAGCUUUAAUGUGAUCACUAUCACGAGGACAUACAAAUAAUAUUGUAUACGCAAAAUUAUAUUUUACUCAUGAAAGACCUACAUUUGAGACAGUUUACUUGAUUACUUUGCCAAAUAUUAAACUUGUCGAAGCUAAGGAUCAUCGUUUUAAAUUCAUGAAAUUGGGCACGGGAUCGCAAAUUGCCUGAGAGACAAUUCCACAGUUUCGCGGAUGAAUAAAUAACUGCAAGAAUAAAGUCCUUAAGAAAUAGUUCGUCGUCGCCUAGGAGGGGGUAAGAUAUGCUUUCCUGCACGAAAGUAAAAAUUUGCAGAUCAGAUAGGAAACAUGUCCUGGGAUAUUUUUUUUAAAAGAAGACACUGUUGUAAAGUAAAUUAGCCUUAAAUAAAGUAGCUGGCUUUUACACUUGUAUAAUUUGUCAUUCUCUGAAGGUGGUUGACUUUCUGAGCAUGACAGCUGCCAAUAGAAGAAAAGGUCCCUCAACAUUGGAUAAAGGCUGGUAUCAGGUGGCGUGGGCCUUUCUCAAAGUAAGUCUCAUGGUCCCAGGUAAAGCCCGGCAAACCGUUUGUGACUUGAGCGACUUAGGGUGCUUAGGGCCUGCAUCAACGAUCAAAAUAUCGCGUAAAAAUAAUUUCUACCGCUCACUAUACCUCCUUAUUUGAUUUGAAUGCUUAAAGCCAACGUAAACUGACUACAGUCGAACCUCCAUGCACGGCCACCGUGCUUAUACUAUCACCUCCUUAUAAGCGUCCACCUAUCAAAAACACCAAAAUUUUCACACUGAAAUCACAAAAUUUGGAUGAUGAUUGAAGAAUUCGCUAUUAUUUUUACCCCCCUGUAAGCGACCACUUAAGGCUUGGCUUGAUGACCCACUACACAGAGUGUGCGAAGAAUUCUCUUGUAAAAUGUAGAUUUGUAAGGAUCUCUUCUAUGGAGGCAUCCCUGUGGUUCGAUUCCCGUAAGCGACCGCCAAAUCUUUACAUUUGAGGCGGUCGCCUCUGAGAGGGUCGGCUGUAUGUUGAUUAUUGACAUAGUAAUUGUAAAUGUCUGUUUAAGGUAAUCGGUGGAAAUGGAGCACCCAACACAGAGAAGAAAGUUCGUCUUCAGCUUUUUCAGCCUCCCAAGACUUCGUUCAGAUCAAAUAACACGGUAGAAGUAAGUAGCUUGGCGAGUUACACAAACAAGUCACGCGUGGCAAGUUUUUACUUCUGACUGGCUGAGAUACUUGCGCAAAUUUUUCCUUAAGCGCAACUUCUGUCGAAGCUCGACGUCAAACGCAACAAUUAAACCAAUCAAAACAGAUGCUCUCCAUCGUUACAAAUAACUCAAGUCAACCCAUGCAAGGCGCGGCAAAACGCAUACACAUGUACGAGCCAAGUCAAGAGUGGCAUGAUUUUACUUUCGAUUGGCUGGUAAAAUGGCGGAAGAAGUUUUUAAUCUGUCACAAGGCAUUGUAUGGUGCUGUGCCUGUCGCAACUGGGUUUAAAGUAGAUACUCUUUUGCCAUCUUAGGGACGUCAAUAGAUAACGUACAAAUUAUUACGAGACAAAGAGAAUUGUAUCAGCCUGUGGCCUGCGUAACAAGCGUCUCUGAUCGCUUUAUUGCGAGAAUUCUGCGGAUCCAUCUUUUUCGCUCCUUUUCCAUCUUCAUUGACAAACUCGCGCGGAAACGCUUGGUACGUUGGCCAGUGUUCAUGUAAACAUAUUGGUUUAUUUCAUUCGAGAAAUUCGCUUUCCUAAAGAAACUUUAAUAUUUUAAAACUUGAUUCCAAGUAAAAAUUCUGGCUAUGGUUACUGUAGCGUGUUGUUUGUUUGCACAUAGGUGUAUCAAUGGUGGAAACAAGCCAGGCGUGUACCAUAUCCCUCUACCCUCUAUGUGACGCUAAAAGGAGUCCAACCUCCAAAGACUAUUGACCCUAGUCUCAGAUCCAUGUUCGCCAUCCAACAGGUCUGUUUCUAGCUUAUUUUAUAACACAGCGUUGUUUACUAGUCUCAUUGGAAUCAGUUUCCAGCCCCAAAGUAAGAGCUAUUCUAGACCAAAAUGCUACGCGUACUAAACAGUCUAGUGGUACCUCCCCUCCCCCCUCAUAGUUCCUGAGCGGCGUUUAUCCUAAGAACCUACAAACAGAUCCUUUUACAAGACAACUGUUUCUGAAAAAUCUUCUUUGUAUCGUGAAAAAGAGUGUUGUAAACAACCGGCGUGUAUUAAGGACAGUUAAAGGUUACAUUGAGUUAAGAAAUCAACGUAGCUAGUGAUUCAGUAGUAGUUAUGCAUCAGCAAAGAUAAGCCCCGUUGGUGGAUUCCCUUUGGAUUCCCUCGCAAAAAGUGGAUUCCCUUAAUUAAUAGGCAUAUGGGUCUAGUCUAUGACGUCACCGAUUGUUAUAACCUGGGGAAAAAGUGGAUUCCCUUUAUUAAUAUGUAUAAGUGUCUUCCUGCAUACUAAUUUGGAUUUCCUGCAUACUAAUUAAGUGUCUUCCUGCAUACUAAUUUGGAUUAGGUUUACUAAUGAGCGUCACUCUACUACAAUAGGAACAAUAGGCUUGCCCAGAGUUGCCCGGUCUAUGUUCACCCUGAUUGGUUCAUGUAGAAUCUAUUCUAUCUUCCAAAUAAAGGCGGGUAGAUUUCGAAAGCGCUAUCGUUCUUGCAAUCGCUUUGCUAAUGAAAAUUUAUCUCCGAGACUUCUUUCAAACAUUGCUCCAAACAUGCAAGUCGAAUCGAGCUGUAAACUUGUCUGACUAUUACAGAACUGUUUUCUCCUUUCUAUCUCGAGGACAUGAAAAACUAUUGAAGUCUUGUCAUUUUCACGCACGGUUAAUCAGUUAAUUAUGCGAGUUCACAAGCCCAAAGUUGAAUACAAAUUAGCUCUACAGGAAAGACCCAUGGGAGAGAAUCUUGACGUAUUAUUAUAAAACAAAUAACUUAACAAGGAUCAAUUAAAACACGCGACUCAUAAUUGCUAGCGAUAAAAUCUGACACGAGAUACCGUUUACAACAAAAAGAGUCAAAUACACAGCGAUUUGAAAGAAAUCUAUUAAAACAGUCAAAGAAAGCAAGUCAUGUUUUACUUACCCCUCUCCCUUUUCAAUUUUAUUUCCCUCCUGAAUUUUUUCUUUUUUCCCUUCUCCACAAUUUUAUUAUUUUCCCUCCUCAAUGUUUUUAUUCCCUCCUCCACAAUUUUUAUUAUUUUCCCUCCUCAAUGUUUUUUAUUCCCCUCCUUCACCUCCACCUCCUCAUUUAUUCUAUAUAUUUUUCCAUCCACAAAUACAUCGACCUCCUAGCGACCCUACAUCGAUCCCACAUCGACCCUACAUCGACCCCACAUCAACCCUACAUCGAUCCUACAUCGACCCCACAUCGACCCUACAUCGACCCCACAUCGACCCUGCAUCGACCCUACAUCGACCCCACAUCGACCCCACAUCGACCCGACACUCAACUUUUUUGUAACACUGCUUCGUAAAUAGUGAAGCUAUAUACCACCACCGCCACAUUUCUAUUGUUUUUCCACCACCACCACCACCGCCGCCACCACAUUUCAAUUGUUUUCCCACCACCACCACCACAUUUCUAUUGUUUUCCCUCCACCACCACCACCACCGCCACCACAUUUCAAUUGUUUUCCCACCACCACAUUUCUAUUGUUUUCCCUCCACCACCACCACCACCACCGCCACCGCCACCACAUUUCUAUUGUUUUCCCUCCACCACCACCACCGCCACCACAUUAUUAUUGUUUUCCUCCACCACCACCACCACCGCCACCGCCACCACAUUUCUAUUGUUUUCCCUCCACCACCACCACCACCACCACCGCCACCACAUUAUUGUUUUCCCUCCUCCUCCUCUUCCUCCUCCUCCAACUCCUCCACAUUUCUAUUGUUUUCCCUCGAAAGGCCAAAGAGGCCAAAAUCAGGCCUAAAAGGCCUAAAGGCCAAACUUGGAGGAAAAACAAUAGAAAUGUGGAGGAGGAGGAAGAGGAGGAGGAGGGAAAACAAUAAUAAUGUGGUGGCGGCGGUGGUGGUGGUGGUGGUGGAGGGAAAACAAUAGAAAUGUGGUGGAGGUGGUGGUGGUGGUGGAGGAAAAACAAUAGAAAUGUGGUGGUGGUGGUGGUGGUGGGAAAACAAUUGAAAUGUGGUGGCGGUGGUGGUGGAGGGAAAACAAUUCAAAUGUGGUGGCGGUUGUGGUGGUGGUGGAGGGAAAACAAUAGAAAUGUGGUGGUGGUGGUGGGAAAACAAUUGAAAUGUGGUGGCGGCGGUGGUGGAGGUGGUGGAAAAACAAUAGAAAUGUGGCGGUGGUGGUAUAUAGCUUCACUAUUUACGAAGCAGUGUUACAAAAAAGUUGAGUGUAGGGUCGAUGUGGGGUCGAUGUAGGGUCGAUGUAGGGUCGAUGUGGGGUCGAUGUAGGAUCGAUGUAGGGUCGAUGUAGGGUCGAUGUGGGAUCGAUGUAGGGUCGCUAGGAGGUCGAUGUAUUUGUGGAUGGAAAAAUAUAUAGAAUAAAUGAGGAGGUGGAGGUGAAGGAGGGGAAUAAAAAACAUUGAGGAGGGAAAAUAAUAAAAAUUGUGGAGGAGGGAAUAAAAACAUUGAGGAGGGAAAAUAAUAAAAUUGUGGAGAAGGGAAAAAGAAAAAAUUCAGGAGGGAAAUAAAAUUGAAAAGGGAGAGGGGUAAGUAAAACAUGACUUGCUUUCUUUGACUGUUUUAAUAGAUUUCUUUCAAAUCGCUGUGUAUUUGACUCUUUUUGUUGUAAACGGUAUCUCGUGUCAGAUUUUAUCGCUAGCAAUUAUGAGUCGCGUGUUUUAAUUGAUCCUUGAUAAGUUAUUUGUUUUAUAAUAAUACGUCAAGAUUCUCUCCCUUGGGUCUUUCCUGUAGAGCUAAUUUGUAUUCAACUUUGGGCUUGUGAACUCGCAUAAUUAACUGAUUAACCGUGCGUGAAAAUGACAAGACUUCAAUAGUUUUUCAUGUUCUCGAGAUAGAAAGGAGAAAACAGUUCUGUAAUAGUCAGACAAGUUUACAGCUCGAUUCGACUUGCAUGUUUGGAGCAAUGUUUGAAAGAAGUCUCGGAGAUAAAUGUUCAUUAGCAAAGCGAUUGCAAGAACGAUAGCGCUUUCGAAAUCUACCCGCCUUUAUUUGGAAGAUAGAAUAGAUUCUACAUGAACCAAUCAGGGUGAACAUAGACCGGGCAACUCUGGGCAAGCCUAUUGUUCCUAUUGUAGUAGAGUGACGCUCAUUAGUAAACCUAAUCCAAAUUAGUAUGCAGGAAGACACUUAAUUAGUAUGCAGGAAAUCCAAAUUAGCAUGCAGGAAGACACUUAUACAUAUUAAUAAAGGGAAUCCACUUUCAGUAAAUAUGAAAUUCCCAAGUGUCCCAACUGAUUCACUCACUUUAUAGACAGGUUCAAGUAUUCUUACUUAUCACAACCAUCGCAAUCAUAAAGCUGUUAAUAAAAAGGUCCUCAGUUUUUUACUUGGUAUUCCUGGUAGUGUCAGUCUUGUCCACCGCCUUUGUCUGUAUUCAUGUUGUGCCUGAUAGCCUGCCUGUUUUUCGUUCCUCUUCUUUGCAGGAAAAAGGCAAAGUUACUUUUGAAGAGUUCUCUUUAGAUGCCGAACGGCGAGCUCACGGAAUGAGGUGGUUUCCUGCAACGUAUAAACUUCAUACACAACCUGUUUUGUUUUGUUAGAGAAUCUUGCCCUGUUGCUGGCAAACGUUUUGGCGAAACACGCGUUUGCUAAGUUGUUUUGCUUUAUGCUCUUUUUCAUUUCGUUUCUUUUUUUCUGUUUUUUUUUUUCCUUUUUGAGGAUGUUUUUGCGCUUAUUUGUGAGAACUACAUUUAUUAUAAUCCAACUGCAACUGCAAGGAUGUUUCUGCAACGAUGUUGUUAUGUAAUGUUUUAUUCUCAAAUACCUCCUUCUAAAUUUCUCUAGAGAUGGAAAAAGCAACAAGGAGCCUACGAACUGGAGCAGACUUCCCGGUCAGGUAAUCUACCUGCUUUCUUUUUAUAAAUGUUGCCUUUCGGGCCCAGGCGGAAGAUUCUUAUUAUUCUGUUAUGAGGUAGUUACCUUUAAUUUUGUUUUUCAGUUUUGCUAUUUUUAAGAUUUUGCUAGCUUUUAUAGACUUAGAAACUUAAAGAUUCAAUGUAUUUCCCCACAUGGUUAGUUCCUGAGUUUUUGUCUAGUGUUAUCCAUUUGAAGUGUUUGUUAAACUUAGUUUUGGUUCUUUGAAGUAGGCUUGUUUGGGAAGUACAGCUGACCUUGAGUUUUACCCACAGUUGAGUUCCUGUUUUGUAUGUUUUGUCCUUCUGGGCAGUUUCACUGUUAGCAUUUAACUGGUUCUUUGGUACUUGUCGGUUGCGGCUGUGUAGGCUUAUCUUACUAUAGCAAACCUGUUGCGAUAUAGGCGAUAAGGUAUUCAAUAGAAACUCUUCCGGUCAGUUAACUCAAAAUAAGUCUAUAAUUUGGUUAUUUAAUUCGCUGUGUAAGCUAGUAGAAUUAGUUGAGUAGCAGAGUUGUUGUCAGUAGCUGUUGAAGAAUAAACUUCCAUCUUAAAGAGAAAGAACAGAGUCUUGGUCUUCUCUUUAAAAAGCCAAGCGAGCUUCACAAGCCCCCAACAAGCCCUCUACCGUUUCUAGCCUGAAAAUAUUGACGGUACAGAUGUAUUACAUGUACCGUUCAUCGAACAAUCAUUAGCAUUGAACAUUUGGUUAAAGCUGGUGCAGGUUUUUCCAAUUUGUCUGCUAGUUUUGCCGUUCAGAGAAAGGAAUAAUUUUAUACGGUUAAGUUAAAAACGGAUGGUUGUACACAUGUAUUGUAGUUACAGAUUUUCAACGGACAAAAUAAUAUCCUUUUCAAAAUCUCAGCCUUGGGUUUAUUCUUAAAAUAAUUCGCAAAUUGAUUCUUAUAAAAAGAAAAGAGGCUUAACAUAACGGCCGGUCAAGAUGUUGACCAUUUGUCCGUACAAACGUUCGGUUUGCCGGUCGUUUUGACUGGACACGUAAAUAAGCGACCAGAAAAAAUAAUGCCUUUUCAGACCAUUACGUUUCAAGAGCACAAGCAACCUUUUUCACUUAUGUUGUUGCUCGGUAGGCUAGUAAGUUCAAGUUGCUAUCGUGUUAUUUUUAACAAUUUGAACGGUCAGAAGAGGGACAUGACCGAGCUAAAAUUUCUUUGGUCAGUCAACAAGCAGACCGGCAAAGAGUCCUGUUUUUUUGCGGGCGCAUUAGUUAUCCAGUAUAGUGUAGACACAUAACCAGAACAAGUUAAUCACAGACGUCAAUAAGCGCUGACAAGCCUGAAUGAACCAUUUAGCUUCGAGCGCGAGAAUACCCCUCUCUGCAGUGCGUGUAGAAUCUCACAACCAGGGUAAUUGAUUGUGCGUUGCUCAGAACAUUUCACUUGGGAAAAACCAACAAACAAACAAAACAGCCAAUCACGCAGCGUAGGUUACUGAACCCAAAGCAAUCGCGUUUGAUAUUCCACUCAAAACUACUUUGAUGAUUGUCUUUUUAUAACCAGAGAUGUUUUUGUAAAAUUACUUGAUAUAUACUUCCUGAACCUUGUUUUCUCUCUCAUUGCGAGAAGUGCAGAGGUUCUUCCAGACCUCUGUUUCCAUUGACCUUAAUAAGCAGUCGCUUCUUUUGUUUUUAAGGGAAGGGGUAUUGUUUGUGUUGAUUCAUCUGUUGUUUCGUUCCUCAAUCACAGACCAUGUCAAGAGAGCUACUGACCUUCUCCUUAUUACCCGUCUUUUGCAGGUUAAUCGCAUUCCAAACAAGCAAAAGGCGUCCCUUUUAUCAGGCAAAAGAGGCUGCUUCAUACUGAAGUUCUCUCACAAUGGCAGGUACAAUCACAGGUGGAACUGAGAGUGUUUUGUUUCUUGCCUAGCUCCUAGGCCUCGCUUUUCUGCGCGGCCUAUGCGUUUCAGGUCACGUGGACCGAGCAAGUUUUUGGCCGUUUGUCUCGGAUACGUCACCGAAAUGCGUUGACCGAGAAGGCCUGGGAAGACUUCCUAAAGGGACUAGGCAAUUUUGUAUGCAUAGCGUGCUGAAGUAUUUAUGGAAAAAUAAAUUUCUGUAAGAGGGUUGCCUGCGUAGCAAGUAUUAAUUUUGCGCGAAAGUUGGAGCUUUUUUACUCUCUUGACGAACUCGCGCGGAAAGCUUGCUAGGUAGGCUAGUAGGAAGGAUAAUAUGGUGUUCUAAGUAAAUUUAUGCGAAAGGUUUGAACCCAGGAGUCAUUUCAUAAGUAGGUUUUGCAUGGUCGUCCGGGUGAACGUAGUCCUGAAUAAGCCGUUGUUGUUGACAGAAACGUCGUGUAUUGUUGGUCAAAUUGUCGGUUGUCAGUCAUUCUCUCGUAGUUAGUUUUGCUUGAGUCCGUCAAUAACUGAUAUGACUUACUGUCAUGAAACGAACCAAACUCUAAUUUGGGUCGACCUAACAGUUAAGUUAAGAUCGACUCGUCUGUUGGGCCAGACGUAGAACCAAUAACCUGGAUCGUACCAAAAAACAAGUUUAAAGAAAUUUUCUCCAGAACAAGGCUAAAUAUGCAUUGUCAUACAAAUGUUUCAUUUAUUAGUUUAGUUCGUCGCAUGUGGAGAUGGACGUUUGUCCCGGAGACGAUCUUCAGGCGUUCUAUCGGUCUGAAACAGACGGACGGACAGAGCGUGUUGGACGAUCCAAACUCAUUCAGACGAACUUAACUGAGCCUGACCUCAAACUUAUCAUGAACUUAACUCACUAAGUUUGGUUCGUCUCAUGAAACGUUCGACGUUUGGCCCAGGCCUUUGUGAUUUUGAGAGAGAGUCCCACCACCUUUAUGGUGGUGAAGGUCGUUACUCUCUAACCAAAUGACGCUGAAUGCUUCAGCAUUUUAUUCGGAUGCCAAAAUAAGCAUUACAUUCAGAGUUGCACUACUGGGAGAGGAGGAGGUUAUUUAGGAACUCAUCUCCCUUUACAACGAAGCAGAAGUUGCACUACAGGGGUUUAACCCUUUAAAUCCUAAGAUCAAAAUUUGAAUUUUCAUUUGUUGCCCUAUUUAUUUCCUACAGAAGUAGUGGGGAGAAGGUGACAAAAUAUCAAGCAAAUUCAUCUUGUGUGAUCAUGUCCCUUAUUCUCAUGACCACUCUGUUUAACAAAGCAAUUGAUAUUGCAAGGAGAAAUUUGAUGCUGAUCACUCUUAGGGCUUAAAGGGAUAAAUAUAAUCGGAAAAUGCCUAUGAACACUAGCAACAAGGAAUCAAUGGAAAUGCAGAGGAAGAGUUCGUGUGAAGGACCUAAUUUACUCAUACACGUCCGUAAACGAUUUCCCUUGCUUUCUUAGAUACCUAGCUUGUGGUUGUGCGGACUUGGAUAGUUUCCCUAUUCUUGUUUAUGAGGUAAGCUAGUUCGUUUUCAGUGGUUGACACGGUGUAAUAUUCGUGUGGAAAUGUCAGAUAAACAUGUAAAAGAGAGAGACAUAAAAGUCUAUGAAGCAUCAAUUGUGAUAAAUUGAGCACAUUCGCAUAGUAGGCUAUUUUAUGUUCUAAUGAAAAAUUAAGCUACAUUUUUGUCUUUUAUUUUUUAUAUUUUCCUGUACGUGUCUCUGAAAAUGUAUCUCUGUCAAGGGAUGAAGUAUAAUAAAGUAUGUAUGUUUGAAACACGGCUACAGAAUUUGCUCGACCAGAAGUAGUUCGUGGUCAAUCAGAAACACGGAAACCAGUGCUUGAAAUCUCCGGUGUCUUUCUGGGGGUUUUUUGUUUGUUUGUUUGUUUGUUUGUUUGUCUAUGUAACUUUGCAACGACAUCGCCGUAAUAACCUCCGUAUAAAAUCAUAGCCAGUAAUAUUCUCACCCUGAGUGGUGGUAUAUGACAACAAAACAUGUCUGUGGCCAACUUCAAAAGGAGAAGGCCCAUCUCCUAAAAUACAAUCAGUGUUGGGGAACAUUCAAGUACCGUAAAUAAUCUACUUGACGCUCCCCCCCCCCUCCCACCUCGCCCUCUCAAACAUACGCCUCUUGUAUAAUAAACGCCCCCUUUACGAUGUCUCUUCGUCCGCCCCCUGUCUAAUUGACACCCCCAUGAAAGUUACUCCAAAAUACUAAGAAUCAGCAAAAAGGAGGAAAAUCAUUCAAUUUGUCGAGUUCCUUGGUUGUUUAACAAGGGUUUGCGCAUUGCAUCUUGUUUAAUGUCAACAUCGAAGUUGAGAUUUGAAAUUGAUGGACUGGAUGUUGCUCUUUAGAUAAACUUCCUUGAUAUUUUAACUGAAAGCGUAUUAGUUUUGUUGCUAUUGGAGAAAAAUUAAUGACAAUAAAUGCCUUUCUAUGAAAAGCUCCAAAAUUGAAAUAAACACCCCGGGCGUCUAUUAGAUCACUUACGUUAUGUUGUAAUACUGGCAUUCUUUCUUUGUUCACACUUUGCAGGUUCCUUCGUACGAGACUCGUGCCUAUCUCCCAGGACAUUUCAGCAUCAUUUAUGACUUGUGCUGGUCUCCCAAUGAUGAAGAACUCUUGUCAGCUUCAUCUGAUGGAACAGUCAGGUAUGGAUCCUUCUUACCAUUCUCCUUUCAACACUAAGAGAGAGAUCACUGCCGCGUGAAGGUUGGUGAAGAGAGCUUAUUCGUGUCAUUGAUUUGUUUGAUUCGGGUCUGAUCAUUUAACACUCGCCAUUAUUUCCAGGGGGAAAAUAGGGCGGCAGGCGAUCAAAUCUACUGUGCGGUUCUCAGCAGCCCUUAUUUAUUGCUUAAUUUGGCUGAUGCAUCACCAAUUCCAUAUUCGGAUGGUUUCUCCAAGCGGAGCCCUUUAGAGCGAAGACCACAGUAUAACGAAUGAGUUACAGUAAAAUGUAUGGAACAAGACCCCCGUUGUUUAGCGGUUUAACCUUCCGUUAUGGCGACUACAUAUUAAGGAGUUAAAGCUGCGACGCUUUUGAGCGACUCAGGUCAACCGGAAGUGGAAGUUUUGCACUCUUAGGCCAUGCGUUUGAACAAAUUUUCUAGCAGAUCCUCUCUAUCAGAGUAAAACCACUUGCCAUAUCAAGUUUGAUAGCAUCAAGGCAUAAAAUGGAAACGUACUCACUUCCGGUUGAAGUGCGUCGCACAAAAAUUUUUUCUUAGUUCCCUGGUUCUUCGUUUCAUCGGGGUAUGUUACGCUGGAAAUGAGAUCUCAUGCUGGAGAGUUAGCAGUUACCUUGUUCACGGAAGCAUAGCUGAAGAAACCUUGUAAAACAUUGUGUGCAACACGUCUAGUUUUACUUAUUGUUUUAAAUUAAUCCACAGAUCCUGGGACACGAAGACGAUGAUGACGUCAUCCAUCAAGCUUUUCCCCCACCCCUGUUUUGUGUACGCGGCACAAUAUCAUCCAGGCUCCCCUCAUAUCAUAGUAACCGGGGGUUAUGACCACUAUUUGAGGGUCUGGACUAAACUGAGUGAAGGCCUGAAUGGCAAGGUACGGUUCUGUCGUGAUAACUUGGUGCUAACUCUUAAAGCCAUCAACAGCAGUUAUGUAGCAGCUCUCCUAACCCAAAAGCCAAUUUGUUCGAUACCCUAACCGUGAUGUCUCAUUGUUUUCUGCGACCACUGAGAAAACACCUUACAAGCAGCUCCUACAUUACCAUCAACAGUGACGCAACAGAUUGUUCAUGAAUGGUUCACUGACAGGAAGCUAAAGGACGUUUUCAUGCAAGGCCCUGCCAAGUCUCAAAUUUCGCUCGAUUAGUCUUGUAUUUAAGUGUUCUUGUAUUAAUCAUAAUGGGACUGAAAUCAUCUCGUUCGCAGUUCACAAGAGAUCUGAUAACGAGAUUAGGAUUCAGCUUCCAAUAUGAGAAAUGGUUGUCAGAGGAGGCCUGGUGCCAUAGGGGUUGUAAUUUAGUGCCAUUGUAAUGGAGCCUUUAUAUUUCCUGAAAGUAAUAUACCUUUCCUUGCAGCUUCUGAGAGAGAUUGAAGGACACAGUGGCUUCAUCAACAGCGUCUGUUUUGAUGAAGAAGGUAAGAGUUGUAUAGGGCGCACCGAAUUAUCUGUUUUUUACGGAAGCCGAGGAGGGACAAUCCAAAAAUAUUUUGCAAUUCCAAAAAAAUAUUUGAAAUCGCAAUGUUUUUCUCAAAUCACUGUCGAAAAGUUUGACAAAUCUAAAAAACUAUUGCAAAUCCUAAGAAAAUUUGUGGAUCCGCAAAUAACUUUCUCAAUAAUCCGAAAAUAUUUUGCAAAUCCAUAAAAUUAUUUCAAAUCGCAAUUUUUGUACAAAUCAUUCUUGAAGAGUCUGGUAAAUCUAAAAACACAUUACAAAUCCAAAGAAACUUAUUGGAUCCGCAAAUAACUUUUUAGAAAACUCUAAAAUAGUUUACAGUCCAAGAAUCAAUUCAAAUCCAAAAAAAUAUUUCGGAAAUCGUGUGUUCUGAAUGAAGGUGGUUACUUCUUCGUAACCCAUAAUGACGUAGCCUUCUCUUCAAAGUCCUCACGUUCAUUGAAAUCCCAUGGUAUUCUGCCAGAAAGUGAACAAUGGUCUCAUAACAAAAUCCCCCUUUAACCCGAGCUGGACAACACACUUCCCUGUUUACGUCUUUUUAGUGUUCCACACCAACGGCAGAAUAUUUCAUUGCUCCCAAAUUCUCUCCUACAUUUAUGACAGAACAUCACUCUCGAUGUUCUAACCUCCUUCCUUCGCCAUUUUGUACGGGGGAAAUGGCGUGAAACAGCCAGUAUUGUAGGUUUUCAUUGUCACGCCAUUCAAAAUAGAUCGAAAUAAAAAGCAAAACCCCUCAAUAGAUAAAGUCCAGAAUCUGGGAAAUGAAAGGAGGUAAAUAUGCAAAGACCCUCGCCAAGAUUCAGGUGAGAGGAAUAUUUCGUAUACGAGAUAUCCGAAGAAAUGUCUUACCCAAAUUUAUAGAGAUUUGUAUGGAGACGCCAUGCUGGUGCCCACCUGGAUGGGCUCCAACAUUACGGACGGAAACCAACAGAAACAUCUGUUACUGAGUUUUGCUACAAAAGCGUGAAUUUCUUCUUCGAGGAACUCAUAAACAUUAAAGGAAUACUUUUUAUAACACAUGAACUGUUUGGAUAGCAAAAUUCCUUGAAAUAACGUAUUUUUUAAAUCGAGAUGUCAACUCUCUUGACCGUCAUGUAAAUGCCGCGUCACGCAAAACCUUAGAAAUUCAAGCAUACUCUAUCACAAAACCAAGAACCCUUUUGAAGCGAAAAUUUGUAUGAAAAUUAGUUUUCAGCUGCUCUAAUACAUCGUGAAAGUAAAAUCUCGGUAGGAUCGAUAGUUUUGUAGUUUAAAUUUUAGAAGCAUGUGACAAAACUUUUUUUACGAUUUCCAAAAUAUUUUUUUGGAUUUGAAGACGAUUCUUGGACUUUAAACUAUGUUAGAGUUUUCUAAAAAAUUAUUUACCGAUCCAAUAAGUUUCUUUGGAUUUGCGAUACUUUUUUAGAUUUACCAGACUCUUCAAGAAUGAUUUGUACAAAAAUCGCGAUUUGAAAUAAUUUUAUAGAUUUGCAAAAUAUUUUCGGAUUAUUGAGAAAGUUAUUUGCGGAUUCACAAACUUUCUUAGGAUUUGCAAUAGUUUUUUAGAUUUGUCAAACUUUUCGACAGUGAUUUGAGAAAAAAAUUGCGAUUUCAAAUAUUUUCUUGGAUUUGCAAAAUAUUUUUGGAUUGUCCCUUCUCGGCUUCCGUAGUUUUGUGCUGACAAAUGUCAUUAACUUUGUCUUUUGUCUUUACCUUAUAAAUAAAAUACGGGGGAAUCUCAUUAACAGAAGAUAAUGUGCUAUUUUAAGGGGUUUUAACCAGUUUGACAGGUUUUCUAGUUAUUCUUAGGUCGAUGACUGCCUUGCUUUUUAAUUGGUUGACUACAAACUUUAAAAGUAUUCAUUGGUUGAUUCAUGUUGUCGAAGGAAUAAGCGCUAACUCACCUGCGACUUAAAGUCACCGAUUUUGAUUUGAGAUUCCCCCGCAUUUUAUUCAAGAGGUAAAGACAAAAGGCUAUGACUUCAUAGGCGUUGAUGUAUAUUACAGCAAAGUAAUGAGGUUCCUCUAAAAAACUGGAUAAUUCGGUGCUCCCUAUACUACUGGUGCGACUGUAAUACAACUUAAAAAUUGACUAUAUUUUAAGCUAGUUGAUCAGCUUUCUUAUUCGUUAUUCCCUACGACAUGAAUCAACGGGUGGUAAUGUCACGUUUGAGGAUUAAUGGUUGUCAGUCUAUUCAAGGAUUGUCCCAGGCAUUUUGUCACUUUUUUCUAUGGGUUCAUAUUUUGGCCUCAUUCACCAGUAUCAUCCCUACUGUAGCCCACGGGCCAAUUUUUGCCAUAUUCGUUAUUUUCGCCAUAGCUGGCUGGUUUUCACUAUUUUCGUCAUAUUCACCAUUUUCGUCAUAAUCUUCACUUUCCAAGGAACCAUUUUUGGCAUCCAAUUUGAAUAUUUGCUAAGCCCAUGGCGAAUUUAAAUUCUUGCCAACCCCUGGCGAUUUUUCGCCAUUUUUGCCAUUGCAUGCAUUUCUGAACGUUAGUGCAUAAAUGCGUAUGCUGUUCCUUACUUUGAAGGUGCUAAGAUGUUCACAGCGGACAGUAACGGCCUUGUGAUUAUUUGGAACUCAUUCAUUAAUCCUCAGAUGGAUACCAAGAGGAAAAGGAGAGGUACUGGUGGUAAAAUUUAAAAAACACUUUUUUUCGUCCCUUAAACUGGCUCCUUGUCUCCGCAAGGGCCUAUUUUGUGCUAUUAAACCUUCAUUCAUGCUGCUUCUGUACUAAAAAGAGCUCUGUCGUGUUGAGUGCUUUACUGGCCGACGUUAUCCCUUUUAUGUCCUUAUUUCCUUUUCGAGCAAAAGUCGUCCUUGAAAUGGCACAUACCAAUUAUAAACCAGAGCUACAAAUAACAGUCGGUCAUCGGACAGUGGGCUAUAAAAUUUAAAUUAUAGCUGUCUUGAUGAUCGGACAAAGUAAAUGACUAACACCAUCAUUUUUUAAAUGAAUGAAACCUUCCUUGAGCGCAAGACUGUGAGUUAUCGUUAUGACACUCGGCACCUAUUAAGCUCAAGAUUCGUUUAAGAUGUGUAAUGCAUUCUUGAUGGAUUCCGAUAACAUUUUUGUUUUAACCGACCAAAGUAGUGACUUGAGGCAGUCAUAUGUCCUUCCCAGAAAAAAUAAAUUAUUUGCAUCUCUGAUGAAGGGGAGAAUGAGUAGUCGUAGAAGCUUUCGGUACGACGAUUUCUGAAAUCGUGGGGUGGCGAAUAUUUGACUCUGAUUGUAGAUGGAUAUCAUCGACCAUUCGUCGCUAAGGUGUGGGCCAAGCGUCGAACUUUUCAUGAGACGAACCAAACUUAGUUAAGUUCAUGACAAGUUCGACGUCUACCUCAGUUAGUUCGCCUGAAUGAGUUUGAGUCGUCCAACACGUUCUGUCCGUCUGCUUCUGACGGAUAGAACGUCCGAAGAUCGUCUCCGGGACAAACGCCGAUCUUCACAUGCGAAAUUUGUUUGACUAUCUAUAUAAAAUCGUUCUGGAGAACAUGUUUUACUGAUCUGAUUCAGUUGAUUGGUUCAACGCGUCCUAAGUUCGACGUCUGACCAACAGACGAUCUUAACCAAAUCUAGGUCGACCCAAAUUAGAGUUUGGUUCGUCUCAUGAAAAUUUCGACGUUUGGCCUAGGCCUAAACCAUUCCACCCUAACCAUCCCAGAAAUCACUGCGCCGAAAGCCUCUUCCCACUCUCCCUAUGAUUUAUGGAGCACCGAAUGUCAUGAAUGUCUUGACACCGUCAGGGUACUCAGAAUUCUCUUUCGUUCGUUUUCUAUUGGUGUUGUUGCCUUUAAAAAUUGGGCAUAAACAGUUACGUCGAUUCAUUUACUUGUGCAACAGUUGAUUAAAAAACCUCUCCAGUCAGCUGAGAUGGUACUGUAAACUUUGAACAAUCAGUGUCAAUUUACAGUAAUAGUAUACAAUGCUAUUAGAAGUGUAGUUGCUUACUAAGGACGUCCGUGAAGAGGAAUACUACUGCUCCCCUUUCCGUAGUAAACUGUUCAUUAUUUGAUGUUUUUCCAGGUUAUGUAUAUGAUUGGACGUUGUUUAAGAAAGUAGCCAUUGAUGAGCUUCAGGUGUGUUCCGUUUAAGUCUUUUUUUUUCCACCUAUGACAUAAAUCCAAAGAAGAUAAUUCUUAUUUAUAAUUGACCUUUGCUACCAGAAAACUUGUACCGAACAAAUUAACAGUUUUUCUUCGCGACAGGAAAUAUUCCUUGAAUGUAGUUGCGCAAAGCUUUGAUAGCGUUCAGGACUUUGAAUCCGAAAACGGCCUCUCGGUCACUUCUAGGUGUAGUGUACAGAGGGAGUAUCCAGCCUUCCAGCCUUUUGAGUAACCCUUCUUAAUAGAUUGAUAACGGAUUCCUGUCUUUAUGAUUUAUAGGCCUAUGGUUAUGCUACCCCUAUAAACGCAAAUGAAACUCAACCUUCAUUCAUUGUACGCCGCCGAAAAUGUUGUCCAACAGACCCUUCCACGAUUUUUUUGUUUUGUUUAGUUUCAACUUUUACCAUGAACAAAAUGGAAAAUCCGUCGACACCACUAGAAAGAGCGUCGUAAAAUUAGUAAAAUUGCCAAAUUUGAAACUGAUACGUCUUAAGCGAGCGAAAAUAUAGCUCCGGAAAGUUGCGAACAUUUACAGACGUUUGAAUGGUGGGGGGCACCACCACCUCCACCACUACCAUAAAAAAGUGUUCAAAAUUUCGCGUUUUUGAGGAGCUAUUUCGUCGUUAGUUUUCAACAAAUCACUUUCGAACUUUGCAAUUUCACUAAUUUUGAGGCUCUGUUUCCAGUGGUAUCGACGGAUUUUCCCUAAUUUGUCCACGUCAAAAGUUGAAAAAAAAAAACUGUGGAAAGUUCUCUUUCCUUAUGUAGCCACUUACUUGACUUUCACUCGACAGGGUAAUGUGAUCAACUCUCUCACCCUUCAUCCCAAUGGACGUAAACUGUUGGUUCACGUACGUAACAGCGUGCUCUGCAUGCUGGACUUGAGAAGCUACACCGUCAUGCAACGCUAUCUUGGUGCUUCCAACUUCAAAGAGCACAUCCGCAGCACUCUCACCGCAUGCGGCUGCUUUGUUAUCGCGGGCUCGGAGGAUGGUUAUGCGUACGUGUGGAAUACGGAAACAGGUCAGUGGAAUAGUGCAGUUUCGUGUUCGCUAUGACCGCUGAAUAAAAGAAGUGAAGACGCUCUUUUAACAGGCUUAGCCUUUAGCGAGAUGACUUGUUUAUCACUCUGUCUAUUGGGUAUUUUAACAAAUACUUUUUGUCGAGGGUAAGUCUGUAGGAGUGUGUCGCUAACGAUUUAAUUCAGCGGUGCUUUUUAAUUCGAAAAAUGAAAAUCCCACUUGCAAACACGUACCGCAUCUACCAUUCAAAUAAAAUUUAGUGGUUUUAUUUGAGAGUUUCGUAAAACCAAAGUACAGUUGAACCUCUGCACAAAGGCCACUUAGGGGACAGAAGAAAGAGACCGCUGCAAUGAAUUGGCCGUUGUAGAGAGGUUUUAAACAAGAGUCAAUGUAUGGACUGUCCACUGGGACAAAAGGAAGUGGCAGUUGUGGAGAGGUGGCCGUCAUUAGAGGUUCCACUUUAGUCAAUAGAGAGAUUAAGAUUCACGUUUACGCCAAACGACAAACGUCUGAUUCAAGUUGAGAAUUUCUCAGAAUAGAAAAUAAGCAGAUCAAAACUGUCCAGAACAAUUUUAAUGUAUAAAACAGGUGUGAAACUACUUAUUUGUUAGUUGAAGUAAUAAACAGUUAACGAAAAUUAAGGGAAAAACUUGGUCACGUGGUACAAAUUCACGUUUGCCGUUUUGCGUAAACGUGAAUCUUAAUCUCUCUAAUAUUCUUAGUGUAUGGUCAAAGAAAUCAUUCUGAGGCUCAGCAAUGAAUAAUACAUUUUUCUUUCGUUUUAUUCCCCCAAGCCUCGGAGCCAAGUAUGAAUUUCAAUAUAUCGAACAUGAUCUAUUGUGACUUUACGUGCUAUUUCAGGUGAUCUAGUGUCUGUGUAUACCUCACUCGGAUAUCAUCACGCGGUUUCCGAUGUACAGUUUCACCCGUUGGAUCACAUCAUAGCUUUUUGUUCCUUUGGCGAUUCACACCCUGUUCUUGUUUAUCAUUACGAUCCUAAAGGUAAAUAUUGUAUUUUGGUUGUCGCUUGCGUGAGGUGACUGAGAACAGCUGAGAACAGGGGGGUGGAGUAGGAAGGCCGAUUAAUAAGAAGGAGAGACAGAUAGGAAACUACGGGUUUGAGGGGAGGGGGAAUAACGAAGGAGUUACCUUGAAAAGGUAGUAGUGGCAAACAUUCACAUUUAACCCAUUCGCCCCUGAACCGCCCGUAACCGCCCGUGCGGAUCCACGUCCUUUCUACCCUUUGUGACGUCAUCAGUUUUAACGGUCAAGGACAACUUUGUCCGCUAACUUGUGCAGAGUGAAGAGAUCUUUCAAACCAUACCAGAAUGAGCACAAUUCAGUCAAGGACAUCGGAGAAAGAGGCAAAAAACCAUGUAACAUUGACCUGUAAAUCUUCAGGAAAAUCUUGUUCCGUUGCCCACCUACCUUUCCUUUCACCUAAUCCUAAGAUCCUAAAAGCUUUCCUAAAAACUAUUCCCACCAAAAUGAAGCCUACUAAAUGCCCAGCAAGAGAAAAAAAAAAUGAGGCAAGAAAAGCGAAAAAAGAGGGGAGGAGAGAAAGCGAAAAGUAAAAGUCAAGACUGCUGUGUCACUUUUAAACCCAAAAACUAAAUUCUGCUUUCUGCGCAUGCCCGAACUUCGCAAGCUGAUAUUUUGCAACUGGAUCAGAAGGCCAUGAAGUGUGCGACCUGUAAACCGGUUUAUGGUAAGUUUUAGCUCUUAAUAGCGCGACAGUGACCAGAAAACCACUCGACUAGCUUCAAAACGCGUUUUUCGGCAAAAUCUCCAGGAGCGAAUGGGUUAAAUACAUAUACACUACCGAGGGAAACCAUAAAUACUGUAUCUCGUAAUUAUUAAGAUGUUCGGGGAUCAAAAAACGUUUUCUGCGGGUUCUCCCAUUGCUUAACAAAAACAUCACUAUUACUGAAUUUACAACCAAAGGCAGUCGUAACGUACCUGUUAUCCUCUGAGAUUUUUCAGUUUUGCACGCUCAGCGACUUUGGAAGCAGUUUCAUUGUAAUAUGGGUCAUGUGACCUUAAUAAGCAAGUCCGAGCGCGGCUAUGAAAGAAGGGGUAAUGUAAUGUUGUGCAGCAUAAUGUGUUUUUUCUGUUAUUGUUAUUGUUAUUGUUAUUGUUAUUGUUGGUUUUGUGGUUAAUGUUUUCUGCAAACCCGUCAGGAAAAACCCUCUUCGAGAUCAUGUAAAUUUUUCUUCACCUUAAUCAUUCUUGAUAACGCCUAAGUUUAUUAAUUUCCAUUUCCAGCUGCUAAAGAAGAAGCUAAAAAAUUCAUGACUCCUCCAGCGACGCCAUCUAAACAAGCUACUACGUCACAGCAGAGCACAGCUACUCCAGAUGACGUCACCAGACACGUGCAAAUGGCUGACGUGGCCGGUGACGUUCUACGCGUGCGCAAAGUCAAGCAGAAACUUGACUCAGUGUUGGUAAGUUUGAAGGUUCCGUUUUUACUUAUACAUACAGUUAAUAUGGACACUAAGGGAACAUACCAUAGCGCUUCCUUUUAUCCAGGUCUCCGUAUUAAGUGGGUUCUUAGAAAACAACGUCGCGGACACAUUUUUUAUCCAUGCAAAGAUACAAAGGAGCAGUGACUGAAGCAAAAAGCUAAGGAAGUGAAACUUGUGGGUAUGAUAGGAGGUAGAACAGUGUGAGGGCAAACACCGGACUAAUCAAAAUCAAACAUAUCAUGCUAUUUUGCUACUGUUUUUGAGUAAUGAAAUCGUAUUAACGCUAAGAAAUCGGUCAUUAGUUGAACAGGGUACAAUGCUAUAAUUAUCACACAAUGACAAAUAUUAUGAAAGUGCGUAGAUACCCUGUGUCCGUAAAGCAAGGUUGACGAUGUACGAGAGUUUGUGACUCGGGAUACAGAAAAGUUUUCAUUGUCCGUAUUAACCCGUGUCCGUAUCAAGCAGGUUAAUUUUACAGAAAAGAUAUGAGCUUUUCGUUUAGACAAACGAAACUGUCCGUUGUAUUCGGGUGUCAAUAGGGCGGGGUUUAUAAACAAAUGGACAUGCACAUGUCAUGUUUAAGAGAGAGAGGCCUUUGUUUAUUUGUAUCAGGGAGGUAGCCCUUUCAGAAAAACUGCUAUCGGUUGCGGCCCUUUCUGUUCCUGUUGCUUUUAAUUCCUCUAACAAAAACACUGGCUCAUAUGAAUUUAGUUCUUAAACUCAACUCAUCACCGUAAAAAGAUUGAAAUCUUGCUUUUCGAGCGCUAACUCUUCGUCAGAGGGAAGUUUGACCGUUUCCACUGAAGCAGCAUCACAUUCUCUUUUGAAACCGACCCCUUUCCUAACUCGUCGAGAUACAUCCAGACGUCUUUCUUCUUUAUUUUUCAAUAAUACAGGCUUUGACAAUGUUUUACUUCCCGGCUGGUCUCAAGGGUGUGACAACGCGUCAUAUUUGCACAUGUAUUGUUAUUCGUACGUUAAUAUGUCGUUUAACAAUGUAUCUCCAGGAAACACCAAUAUCACCAAACUACAUGGAUACGGCAAUGAUGAGAACCCCAGGGACCGAGAGCCGGAUGUUCCAGACCCCAGGGAGACCCGAUAGUGCUGCAUACCCAGGUUCCAUGCAGACCACAAAGAGGCCUGGUAGCGUUACUUUCCAGUUUCCAGAAAGCACCGGCAGAACAUUCCACCAGGGCAUGGGCACUAACGUGAGCCUUUCAACCUGGGGUUCAGACUUCUCUCCGACAGGGUAUACCCCGUACAGUGCAACAGCACAUGGCCCCACGCCAGCACAGGUUAGUAGCGGAAGAUGGUCGAUUCGUGGAAAUUGUUCUUGGCGUAACUAGGCUUAUCGGUGUAGAACUUAAGAAAAGAUUGUUUGAUGAACAGCAAAAAUAAAGCUUUCAUGUAAACAAGUCGAAAGAGACGAGCAUUCUCUCUCUCAGACAAAACAGACUUACCCUUAAAAACCUUUAAUUUUUUUUUUUUAACUUGCGAUCCAUUUUCAUCCUGGUUAUCAACAGCCAAAGACACACACUCUUACAUAAAAGACCGAUUAGUAGAGAAAGUUGCUGUUCUCUCAGGGAAAGUAGCCGGUCAUUGAUCUCCCAAAUCCUCCUAUAUUUGUUAUGUUUGACUCAUUUUCAAACUUAGAGUAGCCGGUUGAUUUUACUGCGUGGCGGCUUAUUAAGCCGGCUGCUGACUACUAAUGACAGCCCUGGGAUUUCUGCUGUGAUUCCCAGGGGCGUAGCCAGGAUUUUUCAAGGGGGGGCUCACAGAGGCUUUAUACCGCUGCUCUCCCUCGUGUAUUAGCGGGCUCAGUCGUAUUAUCGUGGCAUGGAGGCCCAUAUUAACUAAAGACAAGAGCCGUUGACGAAAAUACUUUACCAAAAAAACAAAUUUUAAAAAAGUGGGCUUUUCAACAGUGGCUUUUACAGCCAAGAUAUUGUCAUGGCGUUUUCGCCACCUGAAUAUUAUAGGUUGUUUGCUCAAAAAAAGGCCCAGCAAGGGGGGGUCACAGGCACCCCAGGACCCCCCUCCUAGCUACGCCCCUGAUUCCAAUGUGCUUUUACGGUUUAGAGCAAUACCAACUUAGCUGUCGAAGUUGAAUUGCUCUUUUUUUUCUUGUGAAUUUUAGCUUGCCUAUGAUCCUCCUCUGUCUCCUCAUGCGCAGCAGCACCUGGGGGCGUCUGGUCGUUUUGAGUCGUUGAAGCUGUUUUCUCAGAACAGAAGAUAUGGCAGUCCUCAGCAGCCAGACUUGAAUGGACCGCUGCCUUACCCAACACCUGGUAAGAGGCUGAUUAUGAUUUUAAUGUCUUUAGUGAGGAUGAACUUGCUUCAAAGAGCAUGAAAGAAUUGCUCAGUUUUUAGAGACAAUAAGUACGACCCAAAAGUAAUGAAAGGUAAUAUUCACUUUUAGGGGGUAAAAUUCCGUCAGGUACAAAAAUUUGUUUAAAGUUAAAACUCUAAAUUACAUUUUUGCUAUUCGCAAUUAUAACAUUGGAAUUGUUUAAUUAUAUUAAAAACCUGUUUUUUAUGAAUGUCGUGCCAUAAUAAUUUUUAAAUGUCCUGAAAUUACUCAGAGAUUCUGCUUGCCUUAAAGUUUGAGAAAGACUUUUCCAAAGAGCUGUACCACUAUAGCGAACACUACCACGAAGGUAGUUUGUGCCUGGCUGUGUAAUAGUCAGUUUAUUUAUCGAAUCUCGAAAAGUGUAUGGAGUAGUAGGUCUUAAAACUGACUGAUUCUACUAGUCCAAACGUCCAGGCUGCGGUGACUUCAAAGGCUUAAAGCAAUUUAGGAGGAGCUCCCUUUUCUUCUCCUCGAGGUGGUUUUGUUCACAGGGUGUCCCCAUCCCUUUUCCAUGUUGUUUAAGUCAUUAAAAAGUGAAAUCAAAUUCCAACAUUGAACAGGGCAAUGGGGUAUUUCAAGGAUUGUAGCUGGCGAGCGGCCCAGUGUUUGAUCCUAUAAAUCCCUACUGAGACAGCUUACCGGCAUAAGCGUGUGACAGGAGAAAACUUGUAUCUUAUCUUAACUCAAUACAAAGUUAAUGUCACUUACGCGUUAUUUGGUAGCAUUUUAUCGUAAAAAUGUGCAAGUUUCUUUUUCUGUGGCCUCUUAUGUGUCCCCGACUGCCUUCUGAGGAAUUGAAAACUUCAGCUGCAUGUAACUUUUUCCUUUUUUUUCCUAGUUGGAAUGUCGUGGAUGAAGAGACCUUCGUUGAGUCUUAACGUGGGCGAAACUCCAGGACCCUUGGUUUGUUUCUUGUUUUGUUGUUUCGCUGCUAUUCCGUUCAAUAAGUUCUUACAUAUGAUUUAUGAUUAAAAUUCAUUAUUUCAUCGUCCAGUCAUCCUUUCAAUGGUUUAUAACCAACCAACUCAACGACCUGCUCCCAAUUUGCUUGAUAGCUUAAUUAUAUAGCACUGAAAAGUCAAAGGUAUAUCGCAGAGGUCAAAGGUUAGAAUCCCUUACAAGCCUGAUCUUUUCAGGCCUUCUUUUCGUAACUGAAAAAAUUGCGUCUGUAAUUGCGAUGAUCUUCUUUUAUUUAGGGUGCAACUUGUUAAACAAAAACACCAGUCGCUCGCCGUUUCUUGAGCAAAUGGCAGACGUUUAAACGUGUCAUUAGCUUUGGUAAGAUGGGGCUGUGCUUUCAAUCGCCAAGUGAGAGCUCCGCUACGAUCGGACAACGUGUUUGCAACUUGCGGAACAAGUGUACUCAAACUACUCGAUGAGGUUUAACUAAAUGGUUGAUGUUGUUUGUUUUGCAGAGUGUGUCGCAGCUUAACGCUGCUAAACCAAAAUUCACAUUCACGGAUUCUCCGGCGAGUCAUCUCCUGCAGCAAACUCCACAACCAAGGAAAAAGGUACAGAACUACAGCUGUCGCAAAAUUGAUAUUCACUAGUUUUCCACUGAGUGUUACAAAGGGUGAUUUUUUAAACUGUCUCUUAAGGUUAUGAUGCAAAGAUGAAGAGAACACUCUUCGAUAGACUAAAAUAAUUAUGGCCAGUAGCCACAGCGGGGCUCUACCUUGCCGCUUCUUAGUAUUCUGAAAUAUUUAACACUGACAACCUAUAUUUUGUUUAGUUUAGUGGUUUAAACAGGCCAUUUUCACGAUGGCAUCGUUUCACUACUACUACCAGAAUCCUUCAGGUUUUUGCUUUCCUGUGCAAAUGAGGGAUUUUGUUAUUUAAACCUCGUUGGGAUUACCAAAUUUAACUUUGAAAGAAAACACGAAAUGAAUUCUGGUCUUAGUAGUGAAAAGACGUCAUCAUGCAGAUUGUCUAGGAUCAGUGUAGUCCCUAACCUUCAACCGCAUUGUAUCAGCUGAACUGUACGGCCAGAUGCUUUACAACUCCAAUCAACAUAUUUCACAGCCUUUCACAGUCUUCGAUAUGUUUAAAAAACUGUUUGUCUUGGGAAGCUGGUAAGGAGUAUUAGAGUGACAGCUAUAACCCAGGUAAACAACGUGUAUUUGUUCUUUACCUUUUUCCAUAUAACAGGUUAUAGCUAUGUAUCCAUAUGACGCCAACAGAGCGGACGAGCUCACCAUUCAACCUGGUGACGUCAUCAGCGUGCUUUACAUCGAUAAUGAAAACUGGUGGAUGGGCGAAUUGGCUGACGGGAGACAGGGUUAUUUUCCAUCAAAUUAUGUGAUGGAACAAGGUGAGUCGUGCAUGUGUUGCUGCCAUGUAGCCAAUCACAGAAAAUACAAGUAACGCAAGGAACCAAUCAAAACUGACCCAAAAAAAGGAAAACUUUGUGAAAUGCGGGAAAAGGCGUAACCUUUCUUUUCCUGGAACCGGUUUCUUGGUCAGAAACCGACGAUCCGCUUUUACGCGCGGGAAAAUAACGUUCAAUUCCAGUUGAGAGUAACCAAACAGUCGAUGUGGCGUCAUGUAUAUUGCUGUUUAUUUCUGACGCUGUAUUCCUGUCUUUUGCAGAAGAUUUAGAGUCUGAAAGUGAUUUAAAGGAAACAACUGUACCGAGUACCAUGAGCGAUACAAAACGGGAACCAAAAGCCAACACUCAGGUCAGGAUAAAUCAUAGGCAAUAGGCCAUUUCAGAGUUGCUCUAAGCCUCUGUUUUAAGGCGAGGCUAAGUGCGAAAUGAUUUUUUUUCUCCUGAAAAUGAAAUUUUUGUCACAAGAAAGGUUUUGCACUUAGCCUCGUUUUGAAAGUGAGAGUUUUUGGAACUCGGAAAUGGUCUAUUAUAAUGAUUGGUGGGGGAAGGAGUGGAAAAUUAACUGACAGUAGAACCUCGAUGUAACGAAUGUAAAAAAAUCGUUCGUUGUACCGAGAACGUCUUCAUAUAAAGGCUCUGUAGAUCGAGGUUCCUCUGUAUAUUAUUUAAUUUUUAUUUUAUAUCUUUUCUCUUCGCAGAUGACGGCGGUAAUUAGCAAGUCUGGUGAUUUAAAGAUCGUAUCAGGACCUGAGGACAGCAGUGACGCGGAAAGUAAACUUAACUCAACGUAAGCAUUACAACGUUCGAACUAAACGAUACAAAAUCUGUUUGGAAAUUUUGUCAUGAUUAUAUCAUUCCAUUUGUAAUAAUGUGAAGUUGCGUGGAACAAUCUAAAGGAUGAAUUAUUGGUCACUUCUAUGUUCCUGGUAGCAUGUUAGAAGCGCCUGUUCACACCAACGAUUGAACAUGCUUAAAACCCGUCUGGUUCAGCAUGGUUUUAAAUCAUUUUGCUUACAAACACUUCUUAAUUAGGUUUGCUGAAAGUAAUGGCAGUGAAACAUCAAGUUGGUUUUUAGUUUUUGACGUGACACCAAUUUGUAAUGUUUAGCAAUCUGCUAGGACAAAAUUUGUUAAGGGGCAAAAACAAUAUUAGUUUGGGUGAAUGAUGCAUGUCUCCGUUACGGACAUAUGUCUCCAACUAUCAUUGGCUGAUAAGAAAUCACGUGGCUUUGGCAAGUUCAAAUGUUUCCCGUGCGGGAAAAAAUUCAGUGAUGUUAACCACGCGAGGUAAAAUGCAUGAAAUUUGCUCUUUGUGUUUGUUCCUUUAUGAGGUUGUAUAAUGAAAUUGGUCCUCUCUGGAAACGGCUUUCCUUUUCUUCACAAAAACGUCGGGACACGGGACUAUUAUAAUGAAUACGUGGUCCUUUCAUUUCUGUGCUGUAUCAUCAAGGGAUUGUUCCCAAAAAAUGUAUUCGAACUGUAGUUGACAAAAGUCUUAUUUCUUCUCACUACUUUCCCCUUGUUGUAGAGCGCGCCACAGACGAAGACAUCGGGAAAGAGAGAAACAACAAAGAUCUGAAGAAACCCCUGUGAAAAAUGCGUCGCCUAGGAGAGCGAAAAAGAGAUAG